UUUUCGCACGCCAGUUUAUGUUUGUUCUAGUUAAAUAUUAAAAACUGACCGCACAAUGCUCAGUCAUUAAGUAGUCGAUGCAAUCAACAAUUGCAAAAAAUUGGCAAAAUUGCUAAUCCAUUCUGUAGUCGCAACACCAACUGAGUGAUACAAUGGCCAGCGGGUCGCGUUCCACUAUUUUGCCCCAGUCCAAGGAGGCGUUGCUGAAGUCCUACAAUGCGCGCCUCAAGGACGAUGUGCGCAGCAUGCUAGAGAACUUUGAAGAGAUCCUCAAACUGGCACGACGCGAGAGUCACAGUCAGAUCUCAAAGACAACACAAUGUGAACAGGAUGCACUAGAAAUGCAGGUUCGAGCCGCUAAUAUGGUACGCGCCGGCGAGUCCUUGAUGAAACUGGUGGCCGAUCUGAAGCAGUACCUCAUUCUAAAUGAUUUCCAUUCGGUGAACGAGGCGAUUACGAACAACUCGCAACUCUUCCGCGCCACACAAAUCGAAUGCGACAAGAAGUUGAUGAAGUUGCGCGAUGAAAUGGCCAUGGAUUUGUAUGAUCUAGAAGAGGAGUAUUAUACAAGCAUAUUUAAAUAGUAGUACGUGCUAAUUUAUGUAGCUUAAUUUUAGAACAUAUUUAAUUUAUAAAGCGCGCAAAUAUUAUGAACUGCAA